AUGAUAUUAAUAGUAACACUCUUACUCUUUAUUUACUCUAUUACUAAUGCACAAAUAACUGUUAAUUUUGAUGAAAUUGACCAAAAAGGUGUUUGUGGUAAUGGAAAAAGACAUCGUUUUGAAGAAGAGUGUGAUUCUGUAGAACAUUGUACUGCUAAUUGUAGGUGUGAACUUAAUUAUUAUGCGCCACCAGCAGAAGAAGGUUGUAUUGAAAAUUGUACUAACGUAUGUUUACCACUUUGUGAAAUACAAGGAUGUAUUUCUGGAUGUAGAUUUCCUGAUGAUUGUUCAUUAUGUGAUAUAACAAAAGGAUACAGAGAUGAUUGUACUGGUUGUCUUGAAGGUUAUUCUCCACGAGGUUUUCUUAAAUGUUCCAAAGAUCCUGAUAUUAUUUAUACUCCAGAAACAUUUCUUCAAAAACAUUCUUUUAUAUAUGAAUUAAAAACUAGUCAAUAUAUUAUUAAUCCAGAUGAUGUUGAACCAACAUUUUCUGCUUGUACAACAUAUUUAGAUCCAUCUGCAAAGUCAUUUCCAGGUGUAUGGUUUAAAUUUACAUCAACAAAAAAUGGAUAUUAUUCAAUAUCAACUGACAAUGACUAUUCUUGGAGCGAACUUAACUUUCUUUCUAAACAAAAAGUUUGGAUUGGUACUGAUACUGCGUUGAUUCUUCAAGAUAGUAAAGGUGUAUGUAUUCAUAAAAAUGAUGAUGUGAUAGAUUAUGUGUCAUCUUCUCGUAUUUCAUUCUAUGCUGAAGCUGAUAAAGAUUAUUAUUUAUUGGUCCAUGGGUAUUAUGGAUCACCACUUGAUACUUUUACUCUUAUAGUAAAAGAAAUAGUUCAUCCAUGUGUAGCGUUUCCAUAUAAUAUUCAAUGGAAUGAUAUUAUUAACACAAAUGGUUUUUCAUUAACUACUAAAGAAGCAACUGGUUCAUUAACAAAAAAUCCUUGUACUGCUGAGACUAGAAAUGGGAAUUGGUUUAGUCUUGAUGGAACAGAUCAUUCAAUUCUUAUAUCAGGAACACCAAUGGUUUUACAUGUUAUUUCAGUUCCAAUAAUAGAGAAUUCUUGUAUUUCAGAUAAUGCAAAAUGUGAGGCUAUAGUAUCAACAACAAAGAAAGGCAAUGCCAUCAUUUUAAAAUUAAAUCCUGAAAAACGAUAUUUUUUCUUCUUUACAUUCCAUGAUGAUAAUUUAUUGAUUAAUUUUAAUAUCAAAAUAGUAUGUAGUCAGUGCAAAGGAUUUUGUAGUUUAACACAUGGAGGAUGUCUUUGUAAUGGAGUUUCAUGUGAAACAUGUGGGAAUAAUAUAUUAGAUGAAAAUGAAGAAUGUGACAUUUCAUUUAAAGAUAGUAAAGGUUGUAAUAAUGUUACUUGUACUUGUGAUGUUGGAUUUAAAGCUCAGGAUGGGAUUUGUAUUCCUGUUUUAUGUGGAAAUGGUCAAAUUGAUCAAGGAGAAGAAUGUGAUGGAGGAAAUGGAUGUAAAGAUUGUUUAUGUUCUCCUCAAUACUUACCAUAUUCUAUUCCACGAUUGUCAUGCUUAGAUAAUAGGUGUGGUAAUGGGAUAAUUGAUGAAACGGAAGAAUGUGAUGGAGGAGAUGGUUGUUUUGAAUGUGAAUGUCAAAGUAAAUGGUAUAAACGAGGAACGUCAACUCAUUGUAAAAGAUUAUCAAAAUGGAUGUAUAUUGGAUUAGCUAUAGGAUGUUUUUUUGUUACUGAUAUUGUUUUAUAUUUAUUAGUAUUAUUCUUCUCUUGGAUUUGUGAAAGAAAAUUGGAUAAAGUUAUUUUAGCAGAACGUGAGACAGUUGAUAGACUAUUACCAUUUUUUGAAACAAGUAUUAUUCCUUUUGAUCCAAGUGAUGCUAAAAAGAUUGAUCUUACUAUACCAAAUGCACUAUUUGAAUUAAGCGAAACAUCUAUUAAAUUAGAUGAAAAUGAAGACAAUUAUAUUGAAGUUGGUAAAAUGGUAGAGACUUCUUUCUUAUUAACAAAUAAAGCACCUAAAACUCUUCAUUUUACUUGUCAUGGAGUUGACACAUACAAGUAUUCAAUUAGAUUCCAACCAGUUACACAAUCAGUUAGGCCAGGUCAAAGUAUAAAGAUUAAUGUAUUAGUUUGUGCUAAAUGUACUACUAAAGUUGAUGAUAAUAUUUAUAUUACAUUUAGAUAUGGUAAAUUACAUGCUAUUUUAAUGGAUUUGAAUCAAAAAGAACAGUCUGGAAUUUCUAAAGAGUCAUCAUCUCAUGAAGAUAGAUCAACUUCAUCAUCAAGAAAGAAAGCAGACUCUAUUUAUCAAGAUGAAACUAGUAGUUUAAAUUCAAGAGGUUCUAAAGCACUAAGUAAUACAAAGAAAAAUAAAACUAAAAUGAGUAAGUAUUAUUGUUCAUUAAAAUUAAAGUUUGAAUCAUCUUUAAGCACAAAAUUGGAUCUUGAUGAAUUGAACCUUAUUCAUCCAGCCAUCGGAGAAGGAACAUAUGGUAUUGUUUAUAAAGCAGAGUGGAGAAAAGUAGAUGUUGCAGUCAAAAUUAUGAAAACUGAUAUUGUUGAUUAUAAUAGAUUAUUACCUCACUUUAUUCAAGAAGCAAAUAUUAUGGAAAGUAUUAGAAGUCAGUUUAUAAUUAAUUUUAUUGGAAGUGUUAUCACUCCAGAUAAACUUUGUUUAGUUACUGAAUUUUGUGAAUAUGGAUCAUUAAGAUCAUUUAUGAAGAACACAGCAAAUGAAAUGUCAUUAGACUUCAAGUUAAGGUGUAUGUAUGAUAUUGCACAUGGCAUGUUCUAUCUGCACCAAAAUGAUAUUAUUCAUAGAGACUUAAAACCAGAUAAUGUAUUAAUUUACUCAACAAAUGUCUCUGAUUCUGUAUGUGCUAAAGUUACUGACUUUGGUACUUCUGGUGUUUAUGCUAGUUCAUCCGAUAAAUUAAAUAUUAAAGACAUUGGAACACCAAUGUACAUGGCACCAGAAAUUCAUCAGAGUAACCAAAUUACGUUCAAAUCUGAUGUAUUUUCUUUUGCCAUUUGUAUGUUAGAAGUAUAUUUAAGAAAAAGUCCAUAUCCUCGAGAAUCAUUCCCAGAUACUGAGUCUAUUCUAAAAUUUAUUUGUGCCAAUAAGAGAUUAAAUAUUUCUGACGACUGUCCUGUGAAGAAGUUAAUAACCGCAUGUUGGAAUCAAAUACCAGAUGACCGACCUGAUUUUAGAGAAAUUUCUUUGGAAUUGAAGAUAAUUACAGGAAUGGAUGUCUCUAAAAAUGCUAAACUGGAAAGAAUGUCUACUUUAAAUCAUAUUAACACAACUCAAUCAAAACCCAAUUUAAGUAAUGACAAAUCUAAGUUAAGACGUUCUAUAAUUCCUUCAAGAAUGAAAACUUCAUCUCCUUCUGGAGGAAUGGUAUUAUCCUCAAAUAAAACCCAAAGGAGUGGAACGUUGACUAAUCGUUGUCGUACAAACGAUAGCCCUCGUUCUAGUAGUCAUACACCAACACUUCGGAAACGCCAAUCAUUUAUAGGUGCAGAAGUUGAAGAAAUAUUCUCAGAAUCAAAAUCCACCAAAAAACCAACCAAUGAUAGUCAACAAAUAUCACCAAUAUUGAAAACACAACAAAUAAAAUCUCCAAAAACAUUAUUAACAACAGAAGAAAAAACUGAACAGACAUCUUCUCAAAGUAAUAAUUCAAGUACAAAAUAUAAAAAAACAAAUAAUCAAAUAGACUUAAAUAGCCUAAGCCAAACAAGUUCUAAUUCUAUUAAAACAGGUAGUACAACUACUCAAUCAAUAACAAGUGUCUCAAAUUCAUUAUCUGAUAUCUCCUCAUUUACAUCAAAUUCCACAAACGAAGAAAUGAAAUAA